AGCAAACUGGUGAUGUCCUUCUAGUAUCUAACCGACUCUGUGACUGUGUUUUUUGCGUGACGUUGUUCCGACCCUCCUAGUGAAUGCAUGGUCGAGAAGACAGAACAUGACUUCCUCGGCCUCUGUUCUCGAGGAGGUUCAGCCUCUCAUUGCCCUCAUCGACCACCAUUUGAAUCCGUCCGAAGAUAGGUAUUACCACGGAACCCUUGGUUCGCAGGCAUUUGGAAGCUCCGUACAUUACAUCGCCACUCUGUCUCGGGGAGCUUCAGUGGGACUGAACCUCUACCUCGGAAAUCUGGAGGCGGCCGUAGAUUUGGAAUUUCUGCGUAGCCACCGCGUCCGCGGCGUGAUCAAUUGUUGCCCUUCCGCCGGAUGCAAGGAAAUCGUCGCGGAUAUGAACGGACAAAAUACAAUUUGACCCCAGUAAGAGCAUACACUGUCACGAGAAUGAAACUAGCGACCUACGAGAAUGAGGAAGCAAAUGGGGCUCCACCCGCUUACAACUUUUCCCGCUCCGGACGGGGUAGAAGCUGCGCUUUUCCUAGGGCUUGUGCCCGUUUUUUCGCGCAAAGCUACUUGUUUUGCGCGCGGUUUUUCUCCGCUCGAACGAUCGGGUGGAGAAAAACUGCAUUACAAAAUUGGAAAACCGGCCGGAUUUAGAUGCAGCUUUUCUCCCCGCAGGAGAAAAGCCGCAUCACAAAUUCGCAAACUCCGCUUCCUCCGGUUGGAGAAAGACCGCGCCUCCGGUUCUCCGCAUUACAAAUGCGGAAAGGUCGGGCUCUCCGCAUUACAAAUGCGGGAGAAAGACCGCAUUACAAAUGGGCGGAAAGGUCGGGCUCUCCGCAUUACAAAUGCGGAGUGCGGGGCUCCCCAGAGCUCGGGGCUCGGGUUGUGGGUAAAUGGGGAAAGCCCGGAGCCUCGGGUUCUCCGCAACCCGGGCUCUUCUCCGCAUUACAAAUCCCCUCUUUCGCCACAAGCGGCUGCCGCAGCCGCUGCACACCGUCGCGCGUAACCUUUUGCGCGAUGCUAUCCCCAAGCAGCAACAUUCGCACUCCCCCACACACACAGGGAUAGCAUCGGGCAUGAGGUUAUGCUGCAUGGUAUCGCUGCGUGCGAAUUUCCCUCGCAGCCAUACCAUGCUGCAUUAGGUUACGCACGACCUGUGGCUGUCUUUUUCUGCCCCCCUUGGGCGUUGUGCAGCUUCUUUUUACCCUCAAACACGAGCGGAGUCCGGGAAAAGUUGUGGUUUAGGGAGGAAGCACAACUUUUCCGCAGACCACGCCAAGCCGGCCCCAUGGCCACCAAGGGGCGCCCGCGAGACACGCCGAGGCCGCGCGCAAAAUUGUAGCGGUUCUCUUUGCUUCGCAAGCACGCACGCCCAUGAGAGUGGCCCCCCAUUUUGCGCGCCGGCUGCAUCUACGCCGUGCCCGGGCCGGGGUUCUGAUUGAUGGGAGGCCGUCGGCCGUUCAUUCUCUUCGCUAGCUAGGCUACCCAAAAGGUCGCGGCGCGACCGGCGCUUUUAUUUUAAGGGCCAGCGCACUCUCGUGCACAUUUGGCCCGGGGAUGUCGUGCGAAAAAAACGCGGGAAACCAGGACCAACGCAAAGAAGGCCAGCAGACGCCCCCGCAAAUCGGGGCGGAAGACUGACAGACACCAGGCGGGCCCGGCAACGCAAUAUGCGGGGCGCGCCUCGCCUGUUUAGUUUCUGCAAUAGAACCACCGGGCGGGGCCCGCUUUUGCGCGCCGCCCGCCUUUCUUUUCGUUCCCACCCUGUCCGUCGCCCCGGCCCCGGCAAACUUGGGCGCAUUGCGCGAAGCCCUUGGCGUGGUGGGGCUUGCACGGGGUGGGACAAUUGCCGCCGCGCGCCCAAAGCUGUGCGCGGCCGGCGGGUUCUGUCUUCUCUGUGGACCGAAGGGCCGGCGCAUGUAACGGAGGGCGAAGGCCCCGGGCCCCGGCGCCGCCGGCACUAGAUGCAUUGGUGGCCGCGUCAUGCAAUAGCUCGGCUCCUGCCCGCUGGCCAACAGGCUGGCCGCGCCCGUCUGGGCCCACAAUGUCCAGGGCCCGCCGGCCGGCACGGCUUGUGGCGCGCGCGUGCGGGCAGGCGGUGCCUGCGCUGCCACUGCAUCGGCCUUGCCAAUAUCCGCCAGCCCCGCCUCCUCGCCUCCCGCUCUCGCCGUUGCCCCCGGCCCCGCUGCGCCUGGGCCCCAUCCUGCGGGCGCCGAACAAUUUUCAGAAAAAAGAACGUCGGUUGAUCAAUUGUUGCCCUUCCGCCGGAUGCAAGGAAAUCGCCGCGGAAACGCUGUCGCAACUUGACCAAAGCGUUGCCGUGGUCUGUCUGUCCGGGGAUUCGUCGGCAUAGCGUAAACCCCUCGGCCGUUCUGCGCAAUGCCUCCGCAGCGGCUGGUCGACUCAGCGUCAUGAAAUUCGCGAGAGAUGGCACGGCCAAAGACCUGCCCGCGGUUCUCUCUGAAGCCUUUCGGCUUGACCGCGCCGGUGCGGCGGCGCUCUGUAACUGCAACCAAGGGCGCUGCGUAAUUUUCGAAGCGCCCGCCGAGCGACGUUGCAGAAGUAGCAGCCCCGGCUUGGCGAUAUCGGUCGUGAACGCCGGCGGCCUCGCCGGCUGGGAAAGCCGGCGCCUCCCCGCGGGCCGCGCUACGAUCUCGUAUUGGGACGACGCGAGAACGGUCGAUAUCAAAGCGAUCGACGUCGCAUGAUCUCCACCUGAUCUCCCCCGCGAUCUCGUUGAUUUCGUGCCCAAUCUCGCUGAUCUCGCGGGCGGAAAUUCAUGGUCUCCCGCCUGAUCUCCCCCGCGAUCUCGUUGAUCUCGUGCCCGAUCUCGUUGAUCUCGCGGGCGGAAAUUCAUUCUACAGCGAAAAUGGGAAGGAAUUUUCGACCUGCGGGCGCUGGCCAGUAAGAUCAAUUUUGGCCGUGAGUUAUAUCGCAGCGAGAUCGGCGGGAGGGGGUGCGAGAUCGGCCGGAGUUCGCCGCGAGAUCGGCCGGUGAAUGAUCGGCACGAGAUCAGCGAGAUCGGGAGUCCGCUUUCGUGGAUCUCGCUAUGGUGCCGGGACGAGGUUGGGGGCUCUUGCUCGUAAGAUCAGGAGCCCCCGAUCCUGCCAGCUUAUUUAUCUGUGCCCGCGCUCUGAGUGAGCGCGGGUUCGAAGCUGGGUCACGACUUCGGGCUUUGGGGGCACCAUGACCGAGAGCGCCGAGUGUUGUUCCGAUUGGUUGCGGCUGCGUGAGAAGUUUUGUGAGCUUCUGGCGCGGGUGUGGCACUGUGUGGCGCUGCUGGGGGCCCGGCCCCUGUGAAUUUGCGUGCGCACCUGUGACCAACAGAAAGUGGUCGGGCGUCGCACUUGUACCAUUGCGACGGACGCAUCCGCUUCGGCGCACUAUGUCAAGGCGCGAGGAAAGCAGCGCUAGAACCUGCCUACGCGCUUGGUCACAUUUGCGCGAACCCGGGGCGCGAAAUUUUUAAAAUCGGUUACAUGCGUAAAAUCAUCUUGGGAACUUGGACCACUUGACACCGCGUCCGCGGCGUGAUCAAUUGUUGCCCUUCCGCCGGAUGCAAGGAAAUCGCCGCGGAAACGCUGUCGCAACUUGACCAAAACUUGCAGUCCGCAGAGAAUGGAAUACAUCUUCAAAAGUUUUAUGAUGAAAAUUUGGGGCGGAAUUCCAAAAUGACCGGACCCAAGAGCGCGGCUGAUGCGACGAACGAACGAGAAGGAGAAGCGACGCCGGUUCGGUAUCUGGAAGUGCCUUGCGAGGACCAUGUCGACUAUGACAUCGCUCGGCAUUUUGAAGAAUGCUGCGCAUUUGUAGAGAGCUUGCUCGCCACUCUUGAAAGCGAAACAAGCAGUCUGGCUUCCACGGUGCUUGCGAAAAAUUCCUCAAUUCCAAACAGCUCUGUACCCAAGAAGGAGUCCAAGGCCGAGGCUCGUGCCCGAAAACGAAUGGAAAAGGCUUGUUUACCGGCGGGUGCUAACACCAACCCUGAUAUUGGCGCGGCAGGGUCUACUUUGCCGGGACUGCUUGUCCACUGCGCGAUGGGGGUCAACCGAAGUGCAGCGAUAACGGCAGCGAUCUUAAUCAGGCAAACCAAAUGCAAUUCAACCAAAGCUGUUGAAAAAAUAGCAAAGGCGCGUGGCGUUGGGAUUUUAUCGAAUCGAAACUUCUUGAAGGCAAUCAAAGAUUUCAGUGUACAGGAGAUGCAAAAAGGUACGACGGCCCCUGGCAAGUAAUGUAGUUGCAGUUUUGUCCAGUUUCAGAGGAACGCGA